UACUGUUCUAGUGACUUAUUAACAAGAUUUACGUACUCAAGAGGCUCUCGGUGAAGUGGCUCUGGAUUCAAAGAGUGUUUUACGGCUCUACAAACGGUUGAACAAGACUUCUACACUGUGAGAAGAAUAAGCUGCCUUUACAACCCGGUUACUUGUGUGUGCUGCCUUGGAAAACAAUCGCAGUGGGAGGUGUGUGGUAGCCAGAAACAGCCUUCACCACCAAAUUAUGAUACAACUCAACAUUUCACGGUCCUAACCAGUCGUCAUCUGCUCUUAACUUGACCGCUGUAACCUCCAGGACGAUGCAUCAUUGAAUUAACGCCUGCAGAAACUUGAAAGCCGCUAGAAAGGGCGUGCCAGUGCCACACGCCGGGACGCCCGCUGCAGUUGGCCGCGGCUCAGAGGCGCUCCCUGAGGUCUCCCACUCUGCACCCUCUUGCUGUCUCCUCGCCGUGUCCGCCCCGCCUCCGCUGAACAAGUACUGCACUUACCCGGGCUGGGCAGUGUGGAGUACCGCCUGACGCGGCUCCGAAGAGACGUUGGUGUUCCGCCACUGCAACACCAGCGAGACAGACCUUACAUGGCCACGGCUGCCCCGUGGAGUGACUGCGCUUCCCGUGUGCUACUUCAACUCCUUCAGUACGCCUUCGAGAAGGGGCCGCAGUUCAAGUACAAGCGGCGUCUCGUGGCGGCUUUCGAGUUCUUCCACAAGCUGGGCGUCAAGUAAUUACUACUACUACUACUACUACUACUACUACUACUACUACUACUACUACCAGUACCUCAACACAAGAAGUGUGUGUUUGUGUGUACGUUCGUGUGUCUUACAAGCAAUGGUGAAGAAAUGAAGAGUAGACGAGUUUUUAAAUAUAAUUAGAGAAGAAGAUUUUCUACAGUUACCCUUCUUUCAAUUUCCCUUCAGCCCCCCCCCCCACUUCUCUCUCUCUCUCUCUCUCUCUCUCUCUCUCUCUCUCUCUCUCUUUCCUCCAAUACGUGAAUCUUUCUUCCAAAAUAGACUUUAUAUAUUUUCAUCUACCUUUCCAAACAUUUAAGUCAUACCGGAACAAACCUUGUCUUCCUUUCCUUCUCCUCCUCUUCUCUUCCAAACACUUUCUCUAUUUAUUGAUUUAUUUAUUUGCUUGUCUGAAACCCAGUAGACAUUUCUUAAAACUCAACCUCCUCCUCCUCCUCCUCCUCCUCCUCCUCCUCCUCCUCCUCCUCCUCCCUCCACAUUUUCUAUUCUCGUUACUUUCAAUUAUUUCUCUUAACACAUAAUUUCUCCUUUAUUUUUUCUAUAAUUAAACCUUAUUGCCUUCUCUUAACCCUUCCCACUACAUUUUUUUAUUCAUUUCUAAAAGAAUCUUCAGAAUAUACUCUUUAUCUUUCUAUAUUUCCUAAAAAAACCACUUAUCUUUCUUCUUUAAUAUAUUUUCAUUAAUUUCCCUAAAAAAAUAUCCCUAAGAAUCAUCGUAAUCUCAUCUUCUUUAAAAAAAACUAUCCAAAUUUUAUCAUCUUCCCUAAAAAAAUUAUCCUUAUUUUUUCCAUCUUCCCUAAAAUCAAUCUUAAUCUCAUCUUCCCUAAAAACUAUUGUAAUAUUUUCGUCUUCUCUAAACCUAUUGUAAUCUUUUCAUCUUCCCUUAAACCUAUUCUAAUUCUCUCAUCUUCCUUCAAAAAGACAUCAUAUUUCUUAAUCUUCCUAAAACAAUCCUAAUUUUCUUAUCUUCCUUAAAAACAAUCCUAAUUUUCUCAUCUUCCUUCAAAAAACAUCUUAUUUCUUAAUCUUCCCUAAAAACAAUCCUGAUUUUCUCAUCUUCCCUAAAAGCUAUCCUAAUUUUCUCAUCUUCCUUAAAAACGGUCCUAAUCUCAUCUUCCUUAAAAACAUCAUAUUUUUUUAAUCUUCCCUAAAAUCCUUAUCUUUCUCUAAACACUUUUCUCUCGUCAACUUCCCUGCAAAAAACAUCCCUAAUCAACAGCCUAACCUUCCAAUCUCCUUAGCCAAACAGUAUCCUUCAUCCUAAACACAUUUUUCUCAUUAUUUCCCUUAAAAAAAGCAUCCUUAACCUUCCCUACUUCCUAAAAACAAAACUUAAACCUCCUUUUCUUCUUCUAAGCAUAUUUCACUCGGUAAUUCCCUAAAAAAACACUAAAAAUACUUAUAUCUUCCUUAACUUCAGCUAAACACAUUUCAUUCGUUAAUUUCACCCCAAAGUCACUUAAAAAACACACUCAUCCACCAAAACCACUUUAUCCACCUUCCAUAUUCUUAGUAACAAGCUUCACUUAGAAAUUUCAUCGAAAACACUCAAAUCUUCCUUAUCUUCCGCUAAACACACUUCAUUCUUUAAUUUCACACCCAAAAGACCCUUAUAAACCACACUCAUCCACAAAAACCCCACUGUUAUCCACCCUCCCACCUCCACCACCUCCACCAUGAGCCAGGCGGUGGAGCACAGACGCGAGGUGGCGCUGGGUGUGGGUGGUGGCAGUGUCAACAUGGAGACCACAACAAACACUGCUCUCUCUCCCUUUUACAUUCCCCCGCACCGCAAAACAUCCGCCCAGAUUAUCAGAGAGGCGCGGGCAUCCCUGGGCGUGGGGGGCAGUCCCUCCACGCCCAUUCUGACAGGCGUGGGCGUGCCUAGAGUGGGCGUGAGGACUGUGCAGACAAAAAGACCCUUCACGCCCAGAGAGAGGGAGAGAACGUUGUUUGGCGGGAGAACAUCAGCAGAGGCGGGAAGAGAUGCCAGGCCGCCCAGCUCCUUCACGCUGUCACCACUGCAUUUCGACACGAGUGACAGCAACGGCAGCAGCAGCGGCAGACAGGCAGGCACAGGAGCUGGGCCUCGAUUGCUGCUGCCCAUCGCCUCUGCCAAACUCAACAAGGAUGGCUGCGAUAAGGCCAAACUUCCCUCCCUGCUGUCAACAUCAAGACGGGUUCACAGACAUCAGUUUCGCGCGCUCUCCCUCUGUGAUCUACCAGAAGAGGAAAGCGAGGAGGGGGGAGAGGAGGGCGCCCCACGAACCCCCCACCGAGGCAGCAUCCCCUCCCUGCCCCGAAGCUCCACCUUCAAUGCGCUCCUCAGCCUGCAGCAAAAGUAUGGGGAGGAGGAGAGGGAGGAGGGGAGGAGAGAGGAUGACGACAACACCACCACCACCACUAACACAGCCAGCUCAAAGGAAGAACAGGAGAGUAAUUCGGUCACAGGCAAGGUUACAGACUCGCCUCUAUUCCUGCAACUCCUCAACAAGUCUGACCUUGAGUUGCGGGAUGUGGAGACACACACACAGACGCACACAGCCACAGCCACAGCCUCAGCCACUCACUCUGUUCAUGACCAGGGCCACGCUCCUGCUAGCCUCAUGCAGGGUGUGAAGGGCGGGGGUGGGGGCGGCAGAGGGGGGCUGGUGGGCACUCGUUUCCUGGGGGCUGAGAGGAAGAAGAGUCUGAGUAAGAGGCCUGGUGUGGACCGGGACUGGAGACACGCUGUGGAGGCCAGGAAUGGAAGCAAGGAUGAGGAAGAGGUAGACAGCACUGGUGAGGAGCAGGGGGAGGUGGGAGGGGAGCCAGUGCCGGUCCAGAGGGAGGCAGCAGUGGACCAGGCUGUGUACUAUGAGGAGAAGGUGGCCCCGGUGCUGGACGAGAUUAGCAGGGCCGUCAGCUGUGCUGUGGGAGAAGAGGUGCUGGGUGAGCUGGUGGGGAAGCUGUAUGGGUGUUUGGAGGCAGGUGGUCUGCUGGGACGUCACUUUCGCUACAGAUCACAAGUCCUUCGUGCUGUGUUUCGCUUGGUGGACAGAGAGUAUGGGCCUCUUCUUGCCUCCAUUGCACGGGUGAUGCUGGCGCUGAAAGUGUCAGGCAGCAACCUUACAUCAGUGUGCAAGUUAGUCUUCAAGGUGACAAGACACGACACCAAUGACUCUCUGUUUCUGGAGGGGAACCUGCUGGACUUGUUACUGGAGGCUGUAGCGUGUGUGCCUCCCCUGGACCAACCUGAGGCCUGUGUGUACGGCUAUGGAGCACUCAAAUUCCUCACCAUGAACUCCCAACUUGUGUCUCGGCUUCUCAACAGAGGCAUUCUAGAGCUGCUCGUGUUGCAUAUGAAGCUUAUUGUUAAUCAUCAGCAGGAAGAAGGCAGCGUACCAGAGCAGACACACUAUGCCCUGGUGCAGCUGACUGGGACCCUGAGGCAUGUUAGUAGCUGUGAGAGGACCUUUCCACUCCUGCUGGUGACAGGUGCUGUUCCUCAAGUCUGCUCCCUCCUGCACCACUUCUCCCAUGACCAAGAUGUGACUGCCAAUGUUGUUAGGAUAUUGAGCAUCAUCUCCACACACGAGGAAUGCUGUGCAGUGGCAGCCACACACCCCGCCACACUGCCCGCUGCGGUGACAGCACUACGCCGCCACUCUGCCUCGCCAGCCAUUGUGGUGCGGCUGGCCUAUGCAUUGGGAAACAUGAUGGCAAACUCUGAUGAGGCGCGCUGGAAACUGUUCAGUGUGGAAGGCUUCACAGAGACACUUCUGGAGCUGCUCACUGAAUAUCUACAAAGGGACCGCCACCACCAAGCUGAUGACAUGAUAGACCCCCUCACCCCUGCCAGCGGGACCCCGGAGGACGUCAUGGUCAAGCUAAUCCGCGUCCUGGCCAACGUGUCUGUACAUUCGCGUGUCGGCCCAGUGCUGGCUCGCUCCCGCACCUGCCUGUCCCUACUGGUGUCAGCCCUGCAGCACAAGGGGGUGGACGAGAGUGAGGAGCUGGUCUUGUCUACUCUGGCCACCCUCAACAACCUCACUUUCUACACACGCGACCAGCCCAUCUCAACACUGCAUACUGAUUUGGCUGAGUGCCUGUGUGAGAUGCUGCCGAUGGACCAUGUGGAGGGCCUGGUGGAGACGAUCCGUGUGUUUGGCAACCUUACCCACUUCAAGGACAUCAGGGACAUCCUCACCAAGCGCGCAGUGCUGGAGGUGCUGGUGGAGAUGCUGGACUGUGACUCAAGGGAGCUGGUGUAUGUGUGUGCCGUGCUGGUCAACCUCAUGUCCGACGCUUCGAGGAGAACAAUAUUUCAGAUGGAGAAGGGCGUCCUCAGACUGAUUGAUGUGCUGCAGUACUUUGGCUACGGUGACUGGCAGCUGUGCAAUCUGGUGUGUCAGGUGCUGUGGAAUUUCUGUGCAUCCGCUGCUGACGUCCAGGAGGUGCUUGGCCAAAAGGAGACUGACAAACUCAUCUAUGUGCUGGAGGAGUUCCUGGAUGACGACUCCUACUUCAACAACCCUGAGGUGUUUGGGGAGUGUGACCCGGACACUAAGGAGGUCGUGUACCAGCUGUGGGAGGACUUUGCCUUCGUCGCCACCAAGCUGCUGGACCGCAUUGAGGAGAACACUGCCGCCCUGCCUGUUGUGCCUGUCUAGGGUGAGGGAGAGAGGGAGGGAGGGAGAGAGAGGGAGAGAAGUAGUGGGGUCAUUGUUUAGUGAGAGUUUGAAAUAGAUUGUAGUGUAUAUUUUGAUGAAAGAGAGAGAGAGAGAGAAGUAAUGGUGUUAGUCAAUGUAAUGUUAGAGAGGAGAGAAAUUUUAACUAGAUAUAUUUUAAUGAGAGAGAGAGAGAGAGAGAGAGAAAGCAUUUAAACCAAAGGCACAAAUACUUAUAUGUUAAUUGAGAGAGAGAGAGAGAGUGAGUCCGACCAUGAAUGAGAAACAAUAGAAUAAUAAUAAUAAUAAUAGUAAUAAUAAUGGUAAUAGUAGUGAAGGUAAUAGUAGUAGUAAUCAAAAUAACACAAAUGGUAAUAGUAAAGUAACUAGUUCCAUCCAAUUAUUUACCUGCCUUAGACUAGCUCACCUGUCACACCUAUUAGUAAUGUCACCUGUCACCUGCCCGUCUGUCUGUCUGUCUGUCUCUGUCUAUCUAUCUGUCUGUUUGUCUGUCUCUAUCUGUCUAUUUAUCUGUUUGUUUGUCUCUUGUCUCUCUGUCUGUCUGUCU